UGGUGGCCAGCACUGUUGUUUUUUACAGGGAAGUAGGAGUAUUAGGAUUAAGUAUCUGUUUUUAUUGUUUUGUUUUUAUACUUGUAUUGUGGUUUUUUUGAGGAAUUUUGUGACAUAGCAAGCUAUUGGAGUUGUUGGAUUAUUUAGAACGCGUGUGAUAUCUAUUGGCCAUGUUAUUUUACUUUUCUUAGUUUUGUUAAUUAGAGAUUUUCUUUGGUUAGCGUAUUUGGGGCAGUCGACAACUACGUGUUCAAUAUCCUCAGACCAGUAGCUACAGUCGCAUCUGGGAGAGUCUUUUAUGUUUUUUCUAUGCAUGCUUUUAUUUAGUGAGUAAUGGUUGGAUCUAAGUCUAUUCAUCAUUGUUAUGUGGUCUCUUUUUUUGUUGUAGUUCUUGAACCAUGCGCUGUUAUUACUGUUAUUAAAGAAGGUUUGGAAGUAUUGACACCUUUAAAUUUGUCUUGUUUUAUCAGAUAAUAGAAUUCGGGAAGUAUGAGUAAAAGUUCAUAACUAAUUUUGUCCGAACCUGGGGCCAGCCAAUUUCGUAUCAACGGAGUUGACGGCAGAUAUAAAUUCAUCGUAAGAGAAGAGUUGUAAUUAUGUAAUGACCGAAACCUUAAAGAAAAUAGUAUACUUAAUUUAAGUAUCACGUACUUCUUAAGGAAGACAAGCUUAUCUAUACUCGGAAUAAAAUCUGCACAGUAUACAGAGUAACUAACAUUCACUGUCGUGGAGUUCAGAACUCGUUGGCAGUCGAUGUGAUUAGAUGCUGAACUAGUCAAAUGAAGAUGAUCAAAAUAUUGGCGUUAUUAUUUGUAGUGCCAUUGUUGUGCCUCGUUCGACCGGAUGAUUUCGAACCAAGAGUUAAAACUCCGCUUGGAGGCAUUAAGGGCUAUUAUAAAAUUUCAGAAUAUGGGAGACAGUACAAAGUUUUUGAAGGAAUCCCUUAUGCUCAACCACCAAUUGGGAAAUUACGAUUCAAAGCACCACAGCCUGUAGUUGCAUGGCCCGGAGAAUUACAAGCUACCAAGUUAGCUCACGAAUGUCUUUUGUACAACCAUAAACCAGAUCAUUUACCAGGUGAUCGUGUACGAGGCUCUGAGGAUUGUCUUUACUUGAACGUUUAUGUGCCGGAUAUCGACGAUUAUUCUAUACCACUACCUGUAAUUUUUUGGAUUUAUGGUGGGGCUUUCACUCAUGGAUCUGCUAAUAUGUAUGGUGCAAGGUACCUAAUGGAUAAAAAUGUGAUUCUCGUCAUUGCCAAUUAUCGCGUGGGUCCUUUGGGAUUUUUAAGUACUGACGACAAAGUGGUCCCUGGCAACAUGGGACUUAAAGAUCAGAGUAUGGCUUUGCGUUGGGUACACGAUAACAUUGAAUAUUUUGGAGGCGAUCCCAAUAAAGUAACUUUGUCAGGUUUGAGCGCUGGUGGGGCAAGUGUACACUAUCACUAUUUGUCACCCCUAAGUGCUGGUCUUUUUCAAAAUGGAAUAUCGGCUAGUGGCACUGCAUUACAGUGCUGGGCUCAGACCGAAAAACCUUUGGAAAAAGCAAUGAAACUUGGUAUUCUCAUGGGUUGUCCAACAGAAAGUACUAAGGAAAUGAUCAAGUGCUUGAGGCAACGACCGGCAAAAGCCAUUGUUGAGGCUGUCAAAGAUUUUAUGCCAUGGUUGUAUAAUCCAUUCACACCCUUUGGGCCAGUCGUAGAGAAAGCGGGCGACAAGCCGUUUAUCAAUCGUUCACCUAUAGACAUACUGAAAACUGGGGACGUUGCAGAUAAACCAUGGAUUACAAGUGUCGUUAGCGAAGAGGGCCUUUAUCCAGUGGCAGAAUUUGCUGCCCGAGACGAUCUGUUGAAAGAAUUAAAUGAGAAAUGGGAUAUCAUUGCACCUUAUUUGUUGGACUAUAAUUACACAAUACCAACAAAAUUGCACGCUAAAACUGCACUGAAAAUUAAAAAUCAUUACAUGGAAAAUAACCCAAUUAAUCGGCAGAAUGUAAAAUCAAUCAUAAAAAUGGUGGGCGACAGGAUGUUUUUAGUGGAUGCAGAGAAAGCCGCGAGAAUGCAGGCCAAAGUAAAUAAGAGUCCAGUAUGGUUUUAUUACUAUAGUUACAGAGCCACUACGAGUUUGAGUGAUACAUUUAGUGGAACAAAAGAAAACUUUGGUGUCAGCCAUGCUGAUGAUACAUUUUUGGUCAUCGAAAAUCCAUUCGUCAAUCCUACAACUACUGAAUCUGAUCGUACUAUGUACCAAGAACUAAUGCAUCUAUGGGCUUCGUUUGCUGAAAAAGGAAUCCAAGACUUUUAUGAAGACUGGAAACAAGUUGACCAAUCAAAAGUAGAGUUCCAAUAUUUACAUAUUUCAGGACCCGAGAAAUAUAAGAUGGCUAGUGAUGCUAACUUCGGAGAUAAAAAAUUUUGGGCUUCUUUGAAUUUCGCUGAGAAUGUUUUAGAAUCUAGCCUCGAUCUUGAAUUGAACAGUUUGAAGGAUGAAUUGUAAAUGUAAAUAUAUAGAUUAUUUUUUUACAAAUAAUGCAAAAAGUGCAAUAUAAAAAGAAAUAAUGAGAAUAAAUUGUUUGUAUUUUUAAAUAAAAAUGAACUGAAAUUCAUAUUUUUUGAGGACCAAU